ACAAUUCACAAGGUCUUCAAUGCAAAAUUCCCCGACCCCUCUAGAUUCUGGAACGACCGCCCCAGCCGAGGAGCCGACCGGCCGGCGAAGUGGGAUGGGGGCGAUGGCGGCGGCUCGGGGGCAGAAGGCGCUGGUGGCUCUGCCGCAGCUGGUGAAGUCGCUGCGGAGUGAUCCCGUUUCCGGAAGCGCACGACUCAGACACCUUCCGUCUCUCAGGAGGACCUUCUCGUUGUACGACCAGAUCAACCUCAUCGACAGCGUCCCCGAAGACGAGCUCCGAUUCCAGUCGUAUGAUGAUACUGGAUUCAAAAUUAACAAUAUAAAAUAUGAAGGCAGCUUGUUGAUUGUAGAGAACAAGAUAAUGACAUGGGCACCCAAAACGUUCUCAGAGAUAACUGCUGAAAGUUUAUCAAUCUUCAAAGUUGUGCACCCUAUCCCAGAGAUCUUGAUUCUUGGUUGUGGAAGACACAUCCAGCCGGUCAGUCCUGAGCUACGAAAGUUCAUUCGUUCAACUGGAAUGAAGCUAGAAGCAGUCGAUUCAAGGAAUGCGGCUUCAACAUAUAAUAUCCUGAACGAGGAGGGCAGGCCGGUGGCAGCUGCAGUUCUUCCUUAUGGAGUCGCUUGUUAGUGUUUUUUGCCUUUUAUACCAGUUUGGCAGGCGUUUUCUUGUUGGAAUCGAUAGCUAACUGAGCUGAAAUGUCGGCAUCCGUCUGGACCAUCGACAAUGCUGUUUUGGUGUCUAGGAAAGGCCACCCUAGGUUUUGUAGCAUAUUGUUCCCUUUGUAAUCGCGGGCUAACAGAAGUCACGCAGUGUACACUACAUGGAAUCGAAAUAAGAAUGAUGGUCCCUGUCAUAGU